GAGAGAGAGAGAGAGAGAGAGAGAGAGAGAGUCUUUGAAGUUCUGUGAAAACUGAAGUUGAGGUUUCCUGGAGAAGAAGCCACUCGAAAUCCAAAAUGGAUGUGAUUAAAACGCAGCAAAUCUCAGCGAGGCCGAUUGAGAAGGUCAUAGUCCACCCUCUCGUUCUCCUCAGCAUCGUCGACAACUACAACCGCGUCGCCAAGGACACUCGCAAGCGCGUCGUCGGCGUUCUCCUCGGUUCCUCCUACCGCGGCACCGUUGACGUCAGCAACAGCUACGCCGUGCCGUUUGAAGAAGAUGACAAGGACCCUAGUAUCUGGUUCCUUGAUCACAACUACCAUGAAGCCAUGUAUUCUAUGUCGAAAAGAAUCAACGCAAAGGAGCAUGUUGUGGGAUGGUACAGCACAGGCCCAAAGUUGCGAGAAAAUGACUUGGAUGUUCACAGUUUGUUUACCGACUAUGUUCCAAAUCCUGUCUUGGUCAUAAUUGAUGUCCAACCGAAGGAGCUGGGAAUACCCACAAAGGCUUACUGUGCUGUUGAGGAAGUUAAAGAGAAUGCUACCCAGAAAAGCCAGAAGGUGUUCGUUCACGUGCCCUCUGAAAUUGCUGCACAUGAAGUUGAGGAAAUUGGAGUGGAGCACUUGCUUAGGGAUGUGAAGGAUACAACCAUUAGCACUCUUGCAACAGAGGUAACUGGGAAACUCACAGCUUUGAAGGGAUUGGAUGCAAGACUCCGUGAGAUUCGAAGUUAUCUAGACCUUGUUAUAGAUGAGAAACUCCCAUUGAAUCAUGAGAUUUUGUACCACCUACAGGAUGUGUUCAAUCUACUUCCAAAUCUUAAUGUUUCUGAGUUGAUUAAGGGCUUUGCAGUGAAAACAAAUGAUAUGAUGCUGGUCAUCUAUCUUUCCUCCCUCAUCCGAAGUGUUAUUGCUCUUCACAACCUGAUCAACAACAAAAUGCAGAACAAGGAGCACGAAAAGGCAGAAGACUCUAAACAAGUGACUGUACCAGCCGCAGCGAGCUAGAAGAGUUUAAAAUUACGACUUUCAAGGGAUGCAAUGCGGACUUUCAGUUCUAUCCAGAUGUAUUUCAUGUUUGAAUUGGAGGAAUGCAUAUAGAACUUGCCCGAUGGUGCUUUAUGAACAAUGAUGUCCGGGUUAUCUAUUAAUAUUGAUAAACCAUCUUGUACUUUAA